AUGAGUAGAGUUGAGUAUUCUGCUUCCAACGAAGAACACAAUAUAGAAGACAAUACAGGAGAAUUUGAUGGCACUCAUGAUGAUAAUGGUCCAACGCAAAAGAAAAGAGGGCGUGGUUAUGACAAGCCAAAGUGGGGAAAAUCUGGCAAGGAGUCUAUUGCAUUCACAGAGGAUGGAUUGUGCGUUGACCCUAAGGAUGCCCAGCUGUCUAGGUACUUAGGUAGCCUAGCAAAAAAUUCAAGGUUUCUUCCCCUCAAGCCUAUAGAUUGGCGGUUGCAUGAUGAUACUACCAUGGAUCAUGUGUGGAAAACAAUAUAUGAUACCAUAGAUUGGCGGCCUGAAGAUGUUCCCAAUAUUCCUAAAAUCCGACUUGUAAUGUUGCAAAGAUUGUCUGAUAGGUGCAGAAACUAUAAGGCAAGUUUAAAAGCUAAGUAUUACACUCCCUAUGUUGGUUUGCCAGAACGAUUCUUGUGUGGAGAUGAUCGUGUAGAUCGCGACCAAUGGCGGGCAAUGGUUAACUAUUGGGACACUGAUCCAAAAAAUAAAGUUAGAUGUGAGAAGAAUAUUGAAAGCCGCAAGAGGCAAAAGAUGAAUCACACUGGUGGCACAAAGAGCUUCGCACGACACAUGGCUGAUUAUGAGAAAAAACAUGGUCGCAAACCCGAUCCUAUUGAGAUAUUUUAUAUAGUGCACAAACGGCGAGAUGAAAACAAAAGUUGGAUAGAUGAUGCAUCGGAGGAAUUGGCGGUUAAGAUCUCACGGGAAUUAACGAGUUUGGUUGAAACCCAUGGCGAGGAAACAUCAGAACUAAGGCAACAAGCUUAUGUAGCAGCAAGGGGUUUAGAGACGCGAUCUCCUUCCCAACAACACUCACCUUCCCAACACACUCCGACAUCGUACCCAUAUCCUCCAUAUCACCAUCUUCCACUGUAUCCGUAUACAUCAUCUUCGCAGUUCUACUACCCCCAUCCAUACCAGCCACCUUUGUACCACCCAGUGCCACACCCACCUGGAGAGUUUACAGCAAUGCUCAAUGAUUCAGAUUUUAUGCAGCAGAUGAUGCCACCAAAUGAUAGGAAUGACAAGGAUAAAAGUUAG